ACAAUUCAAUUUUCAAAGACAUUUGAAGCAAGUCAUUCAUUGAUAUUCAUAAGUCAAUUCUUAAUAUUCAUAGACAAAAUUACAUGGUCGUUUAUUCAGAUAAAAGCUAGACAUAAUAGUAAUGGAUGUGAACUAAAUUAUUCAAGAUUGCAUUUGACAGUAAACUAGAUAAUUUUAAGAUUGCAUUUGACGAUAAACUAAAUUAUCUAAGUUGUGAAUUAAGUUAUGAAGAUGACACGCCUUUAUAUUUUUUAUUUUAUUUUUACAGUAACAAUUCACUUGAUUGACAAUAACAAUCGCAUCUGUUGUAGUCUUCUCAACCACUAAUAAUAAUUGCAUCUGUUCCCGUGGUAAUUCUAGCAUUGUCUAGCCAACAAAAUGGUAUGGGCUCUAGAGCAUGUACUAGGAUACGAACGAAGUUAUCAUGAUUCUCCAUUGACGUUUCCACGAUUUAUGAAGGCGCGUGGUGUUAGUUUGGUUGGCAAAAAUAUAUCACACUUGCUUGGUAAUUAUUUGGUUAUUGAAGAGCUAAGUGCAACUAAAGAAGAGGUUGCAAAUGAAGUUGUGAGGGAGGCGUUAGAUCGAGCGCCAAGUGGAUAUAUUAAAUGGAGACCAGAUCUUAUUAUUAGUCAGUUAAUUGUUAACAAUCGCCUGUUGGGUGAAGCAAACAAACGACUUGCCGCAAGGAUAUCUCUUCUUGAAUCGGAAACUAGAGAGAUGAAGAAGUUAUGCGGUAGUGCACAAUCCAGUUAUGUGGACGAAGGUGUCUUCAAUGAUGAAAGUGUUGACGAGGACGUCUCCAUGGAUGAGAUUGAAAGAGUUAUUGAAAGGGAGGUGGCAAAUGUAUCAUAUGAUGAAGCACAUCAUGCAUCAAAUCUCUUAACUAGAAUUAAGGACAAGCCAAGAAACCGUGUAAAAAGUGGGGUUCUGCUUUCCCCAUAGGUGAAGGAUGGACGCAUAAAGAAGAAGAUUUAAAUUAGUGUAGUGUUUUGAUAUGAUUGCAAGUAGAUGUUUUUUGAUGCUAUUUUUUAUUUAGUAGGACAAUGUCGCACCUAUAAUAUUAAUGGAAACACCAUAUGUUGUUAGUUACUAACAUUGUUGAACUAUCCUACA